UAUAGGAUUCUAUCUUCCAAAUAAAUCACAACCUAGUCUUAAAUCACUCUUAUCUCAGCCUCCAUCCCUCUACUUUUGCAGUGCCAUAGCCACCCUUGCUAACUUGCUACCGAAACUUGGUGUUUUUCUUUGUCCAAUAUUAAAAAUUACUGCACAACAACCAACAACCACUACAACACAACAAAGGAGUGAAAAGCACAUAAAAAGAAGAGAAGAUCUUAGGAUAAAGAAGAAAGAAGAACGCAACCCAGUUUCGUUAGAUGGCUUAAGAAAUUCUCCUUGUCUUUAUAAACACACGUAUAUUGCAAGCAAGUGAAGCAACUAAAGCAAGACCACAUAGUUAUGCAUAUAAAUGCCUCAUUUAGGAACGAGGAAUGAAGAAUAAGUAGAGCCGACAGAUAACCGAUCCACCAAAUUAGUUAGAACCACCGUAACAUUGGACACGUUCAAGUAUAGACAAGCGACUAAAAGAAGGCCACGUAGAUUUUUUCUCUCCAUGUCUUUUGAACAAAUAAAAAACUAUAUACGAAAAGAAACAUGCUGCAUACACAUAAAAGCCUCAACCAGACAUGGGGCAUGAAGAAUAAGUAGAGCCUACUAUUACUAUUUCUAGCUAGCAUCAUGGUAAUGUCUGCGCUACUGAAGUUCCUCUUCCCACCGCCGCCGUCUCUGGUGGUUUCAGCCUUGUCCGUGGUGAACCUGGUGUCGCUGACGAGCGGAGGGUUGUCGGAGAUGAGAGGGAAGCAUAUGAAUUAUUCCAAAUUCUGGAAUGCCACCACCGCCAACUCUGCUAAACAGAUCAAGCUGUCAAGCAGAGCUGCGAUGCUGAUGCUCUACACUCCCGCCUUUCUUGCCGGUGUCGCUUCGUUCUUCAUCUUCCCUAACGAGGGGCUCAGAUCUACGCUCCUCCAAUCUGCUCUCACCCUCCAUUUCUUCAAGAGAGACUUAGAGGUAUUGUUUGUCCACAAAUAUAGUGGCUACAUGUAUCUUGAUUCUGCAAUCCCCAUCACUCUGAGUUAUUUUAUAUCAGCUGCAACUAUGACCUAUAGUCAGCACCUAACGGUAACAGAGGGGCUUCCACAGCCACAAAUUGAUCUCAUGUACCCUGGGGUUGCGGUGUUCCUCAUUGGUAUCAUUGGAAACCUCUACCACCAUUAUCUCCUUUCGAAACUGCGAGGGGUGGGCGAAAAGGAGUACAAGAUUCCAAAGGGUGGCUUGUUUGGGCUUGUUAUAUGCCCUCAUUACCUCUUUGAAAUCACUAUGUUCUACGGGAUUUCAAUGAUUUCUCAGACUGUGUAUUCAUUGUGUUUUACCAUAGGCACCACUUUCUAUUUGGUUGGAAGGAGCUAUGCAACGAGGAAAUGGUAUCUCUCUAAGUUUGAAGAUUUCCCUAAAAAUGUUAAGGCUGUUAUCCCAUUUGUCUUCUAAAUGUUGCUAGGAACGGUUAAUUCAUGAAUGAAUUGCAGGUCUUAUGUUGGAUACAUUGCAACUACACUCUCUUCGGCUGAUCAAAUGUGUUUUGUUAAUUAGG